UUGCCGCACCGUUCGGAAGCUCAGGGGGCCGGUGCGGCGGCUUCAAGAUGGCGGCGGCGGUGGCGGCUGCGGCGGCUGCGGCGGCCGCGGCUGCGUCUCUCCAGGUGCUGGAGAUGGAGAGCAUGGAGACUGCCGCCAUCGGUUCGGCGAGCCUGGCUGCCGAUAUCCGAGCAGGUAGCACGUUGGACUUCGGGCCCGGGAUGUCUGUCAUGGAGGCGAGCGGGGGCGAUCCAGGCCCAGAGGCCGAGGACUUCGAGUGCAGCACUCACUGCUCCGAGCUGUCCUGGCGGCAGAACGAGCAGCGGCGGCAGGGCCUGUUCUGCGACAUCACCCUGUGCUUCGGGGGGGCCGGAGGUCGCGAGUUCCGUGCCCACCGCUCGGUGCUGGCCGCCGCCACCGAGUACUUCACGCCCUUGCUCUCCGGUCAGUUUUCCGAGUCGCGCUCCGGCCGGGUGGAGAUGCGCAAGUGGAGCUCGGAGCCGGGACCCGAACCUGACACGGUGGAAGCCGUUAUCGAGUACAUGUACACCGGGCGCAUCCGAGUGAGCACCGGCAGCGUGCACGAGGUGCUGGAGCUGGCCGACAGAUUCUUACUGAUUCGUUUAAAAGAAUUUUGUGGAGAAUUUCUGAAGAAAAAACUUCAUCUCUCAAAUUGUGUGGCCAUUCAUAGUUUAGCCCACAUGUACACCCUAAGUCAGCUUGCUAUGAAAGCUGCAGAAAUGAUCCGGAGAAAUUUCUAUAAAGUCAUUCAGGAUGAAGAAUUUUAUACUUUACCUUUCCAUCUCAUUCGAGACUGGCUUUCGGAUUUGGAAAUUACCGUGGAUUCUGAAGAAGUUCUUUUUGAAACGGUUUUGAAGUGGGUUCAGAGAAAUGCUGAAGACAGAGAGAGAUACUUUGAAGAACUUUUUAAAUUGCUCAGGUUGUCCCAGAUGAAACCCACCUACCUUACACGGCAUGUCAAACCAGAGCGUCUGGUGGCCAAUAAUGAAGUUUGUGUCAAGCUGGUGGCUGAUGCAGUGGAGAGGCAUGCACUCAGAGCAGAGAACAUACAGUCUGGCACACUCCAGCAUCCCGCAUCCCAUGUCUCACUCUUACCUCGCUACGGACAAAACAUGGACGUAAUCAUGGUUAUUGGAGGUGUGUCAGAAGGAGGAGACUAUUUAAGUGAAUGUGUGGGAUAUUUUGUUGACGAGGACAGAUGGGUCAAUCUGCCCCACAUUCAUAAUCAUCUUGAUGGACAUGCUGUUGCAGUAACAGAAUCUUACGUGUAUGUUGCUGGCUCGAUGGAACCAGGCUUUGCUAAGACUGUGGAAAGGUACAACCCAAACUUGAAUACAUGGGAACACGUUUGUAGUCUGAUGACAAGAAAGCAUUCUUUUGGGCUAACAGAAGUCAAAGGGAAGCUGUAUAGCAUUGGAGGACAUGGCAAUUUUAGCCCCGGCUUUAAAGAUGUGACUGUUUACAAUCCCGAGCUUGAUAAAUGGCACAACUUAGAAUCGGCACCAAAGAUUCUUCGCGAUGUCAAAGCACUAGCUAUUGAAGACCGGUUUGUGUACAUUGCUGCCCGCACUCCUGUGGACCGGGACACCGAGGAUGGAUUGAAGGCUGUAAUUACUUGUUAUGAUACAGAGACUCGACAGUGGAAAGAUGUAGAAUCUUUACCACUUAUUGACAAUUACUGUUUUUUCCAGAUGUCUGUGGUCAAUUCAAACUUUUAUCAGACAGCAUCUUGCUGUCCCAAGAGUUAUUCUUUAGAAAAUGAAGAGGCAGUAAGAAAAAUUGCCGGUCAGGUGUCUGAUGAGAUCCUUGAAAGCUUGCCUCCAGAAGUCCUGAGCAUUGAAGGAGCAGCCAUUUGCUAUUAUAAAGAUGAUGUCUUCAUUAUUGGAGGCUGGAAAAACAGCGAUGAUAUUGACAAACAGUAUCGGAAAGAGGCCUACCGAUACUGUGCUGAGAGAAAGAGGUGGAUGCUCCUUCCUCCCAUGCCUCAGCCCCGUUGUAGAGCCACCGCUUGUCACGUUAGGAUCCCCUACCGAUAUCUGCAUGGCACACAGAGAUACCCUAUGCCUCAAAAUUUAAUGUGGCAGAAGGACCGCAUCAGACAGAUGCAAGAGAUACACCGGCACGCCCUGAACAUGCGGAGAGUGCCAAGUUCCCAAAUUGAAUGCUAAAUAUGACGUGCGCAGCUGAAAACUUUUCCCCAUCCUAUGUGGCUGGAGAUGCCUGGACUGUUACUUGGAAAAGUAUGUCAAUAACUUAUUUUCUACUUGGACUUACUACCCUAUAACGGAAGAUAGUUAAAAGAACAAAGAGGAAACUCAGUUUAGUGUGGUAUUUUUGUUAACUUACAGUCCUGUCUUUAGUUUGUAUGCUGGCAAAUAAGAUCUUAUUAAAGAGACGUGGGGAAAGCACGUCUAGGUAUUUGGCCUUUUUUCUCUGCCAACAACUGUAACUCCUUUGUUUUAGGGACCUAUAUUCGGGGCUUUAAGCACCAGCAUUAUUUGCACAUUUACUUUGAUAUUCCUUUUACAUUUUGUGUAGAUUGUUUGUUUUCAGUGAUAUCAGUUUAUGCAUUAAGUUCUCAUCUGCAGGCAUGUGCAAUAGUAAGACUGGAUCUGAAGGUAAAAGCACAAUGUUUCAGCAAGAUUGAUCUUACAGUGUUGGUGCUCACGUUUGUUUUAUGUGUUUAUAAAUGCUGUUUUUGUUCCUUGGAAAGAGUGACCAAUGAGAGGUUUGUGAUUGGGCAUCAUCUGGCUUUUGUUUCUGCCGCAGCUAUUUAUAGACUGGAAGCCAUCAUUCUGAGAUGAGAAUUGGGGAGGUAUUAGUAUUUAGCUGAUUUGACUAGAGAGGAAGUUACAUAGGUAAAGUUUGUUUUCUCUAAGAAAAGUGUUCAGUGUUGCUGAGAAAGCAAGUGAACAACAUUUUGAAACUCUUUGAAGGGUUGUGACUGAGCUGAGGAGGAUGCAGCAUGCUCGUGACAAUCACACGUGAUGCCUUCAGUUCAUUUUUUUGCUCCAUUGAAUAUUAUAUAGGCUCUUCAUCAGUUCUUUCCACAAGAAAAACUUUCAAAAUGGCAAGGAAAGUAAGAGUUUAGAAAAUACUCCUCUAAGAGAAGCCAUGUUAUUUCUGGCCCUUAAUUGUCAUAAUAUUGUACUGGAUUACCCUAGACUUUUAUUGGAAUUUAGAGCCUAGAAUACCAAACCUGAGUACAUAGUUUUGGCUUUUAAAAAUGUAAGGUUUUCACAUAACACAUUUAAUAGAAAAAUGUCAGAAGGUUAAAUAAUCAGUUCAGUGACUGUCAUCUUUCAGAAAAGGUUUUUAAUCUAUACAUAUUUUUAUUACUCUCCCUAAAGUAGUCUUAGUUUUUUGAGACAGGGUCUCUAUUUAGCCGUGGCUGGCCUGGAGCUCACUAGGGUAGACUAGGCUUUGACCUUACAUAGAUCCUGAGGGGAAAGCUUCCAAUGAUAAGCUACAAUGAUACUGUACAUUCACAUUCCUCUAACUGUUCGCAUUUAUUAACAUUUUCUUGAGCUGUUAGAGCUCUCAUAUUCAAGAUCUAUAACUCUCAGUUGCUUUAGGUAUAUCCUUGAGUCCCAUUCUCUUAGUGUCUGCAUAUUCUUUGUUUGCUGAUUUUAUCACCUAUUUCUGUGUAUGGGAUUGAGAGUUAGCUCUUUUCUUUACAGUGUCUUUUGAGCCUUGUAUUGGUAUCAUUGUUUUUGUACUAUUUUUGAUAAUAAAUCCCUGCUCGGUACUUAAAUUUUUUUUUGUUCAUCUGUAGACAGAGUAUAUAGUUUCCCAUUUUUCUUUAAGGAUCUGGAUCUAAUUUGUACUUUAUUUCUGAACUCCCUUGUGCAGGACUUUAGUCUUGGAGUGCUCAGCCUUAGGCUUUUGUGAGUAAUCCUGUUCUUGGUGGAACAUUGUACAACUUCUCUUUGUGAAUCCUACCAUCAAAGAAAAUUAUUUCUCUUUUGGAUUUUUGUUUUAAUGCAAAUCUCAAAUUGCAGUGAUUUCCCAGAUCUUGCUGAUUUUAUUUUACCUUUGAUUUUUGUUGUUGUUUGUUUGUUUUUUGUUUGUUUUCUUGAUAGUCUUCUAUGUAGUGUUGCUGACCUGGAAGUCUCUAUGUAGACCAGGCUGGAUUGGCUUUGAGACUAUAUGAAUGUUUUUCAUAUUCAGGAAGAAUUUCCAUAUAGAUUUAACAUUGACAAGUCAAUUGUAGUCAGUCCAAAGACAUCUUGAUUGAUUUGUUGAUUCAUAUUCUUUAGUAAAGAUUCAGCUGUGAUCCUCACUGACAGCCAGGGUAAAGCCACUUCUUUUUCUUGCUUCAGUAUUCACUUCAUGUUCAAGGGUUUUUUUUUUUUUUAACAAGCUUAGAGAACACAUUUACAUUAAGCAUGCAUAUUUAGAGCAACACUGCUCUCCAGCAGAAUAGAGGAAUGUUGUCUUGACAUUGUAGGGCCUUUAUCAGACCUGUGCAGUCACCACUUCUGAAUAGUCAUACACACAGCAAUAUAUAAAGCAGUUAGGAGUGCGGAUAAUUCUCAAGGUGGCAUCACUAAUAGGUCCCAUCCUCUAAUGGGCUUUGACCUCAAGGAAGUUACAUCAAGGAACACCCAUAUUUUGAGUUUCUAUACACUCCUGGGCUUUAUGCAAGUUAGUAUUCAGGCUAAAUCUUUCAACACUCAGCAUAGACUCCUGUUCAGUGGGCUGGAGAGAUGGAUCAUCAGCUAAGAACAUUUGCUUUUUUUCCACUGAGUUUGGUUCCCACACCACUUCAGGCAGCUCACAAGCCUCUAUAACUCCGCCUUUAGGGGAUCUAAUACCCAUGGCCCCUGUGGGCACCCGCAUUCAUUCACAUGGACAUAUCCACAAGCAGACACAAACAUCUAAUUAAUUAAAAAUUGGGUAUGGAAGUGCUCAUCUGUGAUCGGAGCAUUUGGGAAGCAAAGUCAAGAAGAAGAUCAGGAGUUCUGAGCCAGUCUAGUUAGUAUACAUGUGAGACCCUGCCUCAAACUAACCAACAACAAAAGGGUAACUAAUAAUAGAGUACAUAAAUAAUAUAAAAUAAAGACUCUUGAUGGUUUGUAUUGUAAAUCUGACUUUUAAAUUUAAGAAUGUCUUCAUCUCCUCUCAUUCUGGAAAAGUCCAAGAAGAGUGAUCUAGACUUCCCCGAUUAUACUAGAGUUAACUUUAUUGUGUGAUAAAAUAACAGAAGCACAACCAGAAAUUUAAGCCAUUUGCUUAAUGUUCUUGGAUUCUGUACUGAUAAUUUUCUUGAAGCGUCUAAAUUAGUGUUCUUGCCCAGGACAAGGGUGAAUAGCUAUGUUGGAAAUGUGCUUUAAAGCCAUUUAACUUAAACUGAAGUGAGUCUGGGAAACCACAAGUCCUUUCCGCAUAAAGGAUCUAUUAUCCUCCCCUUUUCCCUUAACUUUUUCUCAGUUUCCAUCCUUUGGGUUUCUUUAGGUUGGUGUGUUUUACAGUGCUGGGAACUGAACGCAGGGCCUUGCACACGCUAGGGAAAUACUCUGCCAACUGGGUUGCUUCCCAGCCCUCUGUGGUUACCUUCAUAACAUAAAUAAGCCUUUGGAUUCUGAGAAGCAUUCCUUAGUUAUAAGAGGUCUGUGCACUGAAGGAAGCUUGCCUUUAUCUCUAAUUUUACAAGCAAAUCAUUUAAUAUUUCAUCAGGAUGCCAGCUUUCUCCAGAAGAAUGUCAUAUAUUUUGAUUUUUGACUUUUUGGUCCCAGAAUUGUAUUUUGGGGCUGUCAUCACCAAGUUGUUAAUAGGGCCAUCUUUUUUUCUCCCCCCCCCCCCUUUAUUUUUUGGCAGACAAUAUAACUCCUAAGGUUUAGGUAUAAUCUGGUUUUAAAAACUUGAUUGAAACCACUGUUUUUUUGACUCAGCAGGCAGCCUAGACCCUGGCUGAAUGAAGGGGUAAGUCCUUCCUUGCAUGAUGGUGUGCAGGUUUUCCUGACUACCAAGUUUCUAAUGUUCAUACGUGAAUUCACGUGUGUGGCUUCACCAUAACUUGUGUCUCUUAAAUACUCUAACUAACCUGUUAGGAAGGGAAGAAACCAGAUUUGCUUAAAUCUGUUCAAGGCUGACAUUCUGAAAUUUUAAACUGGACAUAACAGUAUUUAUAAUAAUAAUAAUCGUGCAAGUCUAAUAAAGCUCUUUGUGAAAAGUUAUAAACAUAGCUUUUUAAAAAAAACUUAAAUGUAUUCAAGUGAACCUUUGUUUUGUUUUAUUUUUCUAUGUUGGAAAGAACUCCAUUAUACCAAAAAAGGUACGACUGUCCAUUACUUGGAGUAAGGCUACUUCCACAUCAUAAUGGGCCCUUCCUGUCUACCUUUUAGGUUGAGAAUGUCAGUCGUGAGCUUAGGGUUUAAGCGAUCAUCACUUGCAUGAUUAGUCUUGUGUAUCCUGAUAGCUUUGCUUUUCUGUGCCAGUUCAAAGUAACAUUUUUGUUAAGAACACUUAAAAUUUAACUGACAUCAGUUUUGUUUUGGUUACCUGGUUGUGUGUAGUAUUUCUGGGACCAAAAAUUCUUUUAAACUACUGAGCUAUUAAAAUACAGACACUCGGUCUGAAGCCAGAGAGCACCUUUGUGUUCAGCCCUGUCAUAGCUGGUAGGCAGGUUCUUGUGCACACUUUCCUCUCUGACUGUAGCAUGUGGUGUGUUUGAAAUACUUCCUUUUCUGCUUCCUGAUUCAAGUGUCAACACUAUAAGUAGACUGGAGCUGUGUUACAUAUUUUAGCUACUUGGUCUAAUAAAGUAUACAGGACCUCUUUCUGGUACCUUCUGAACUAAGCUUACGUGCAAAGGGCAUGUUAGUCACAUUUCGUGUCUUUGAACAUAUAUGGUGUUGUGAAGCAUUCGUCUACACUAGAGAAAUGCGGUGCUUCGACCCUAGACUAUUUGAGCAACAGUUCAGUCUGUUCUCAGCCAUUAAACAUUUUGGCACGACUCGUCACUCCGUUUGUUAUUUUCUUGAGGAAAGUCCAUUUUGUUGUUAUACUUCUAGCACAUGUUCUGGUCAUAAAACCAAACAGUUGUUGAGAGUUGUAAUAAUACAAUGACAGUAACUUUACAAAGUAGUCAUUUGCUGCAAGGACUUUAUUUAGCCAAUUCACUGUUCACUGCAACCCUUACAGAGCUUUUGGCUUACUCUGUGACCCUUGCUAGGAGUGUGGUACCUUGAAGCACUUGUUAAUUCAGUUACCCCUCCUGCUUCCUGCACCUGUGAAACACAGUACUUGCUAGGUGUUUGAAGAUUUUACCAUCCAUGGGCUGGUGCUAGUCGUGUUAUUUGUAAAAUAAGCAUUUAGUUUAAAAACAGUUUUCUUGGCUUAGUGGCACCCAAGCCCCUAUGCAAGAUAGAAUCUUGGUUAUCUCCCUUCAGAUUAGAGGAGAUAUAGUAUUUAGAACACUCUGAGAUAUGUUUAUGUUCCUGAAGCUAUCUUGCUCGUGUUCAAGUUACUAAUUGUCUAAAUGUAAGUUUUCAAUAAACGUAUUUCUGUAGA